GGCGCAGGGGCAGAGAGACGGGGACGGAGAAAGGGAAAGAGCAAGAGUGACAGAAAGGGGGGGGGGAAGAGAGUGAGAGUCGAAAAACAGGCAGAUAGAGAGGGAGAGGCUGUCAUAGGAAUCACACAGCUCCUUUUUCACAGCAGCAGCUCAGCCGUUUCUGUCCACUGCCUCCAGAUGCAGGCGAAUGCUGAUGGGGAUGAUGGGUGGCGUGUUUUCGGCAGCACAGUUAUCUGAGUGAUGGUAGCAGCCGCGGUGGCAUCACAACCCAAAGCAGGAGCUCUCCUCGCCGCUCUGGCUGUUAGUCAUCUUUCAGCCUCCUCUCUCCCUUCUCAGAGUGCUAUCAGGGCCAUUCAUCGUUCCCAUCUCAUGCCUCCUGCCUCCUCCUCCUCCUCCUCUUCCUCCUCCACAGCUUCAUCCUCCACUUCUACUCCUCCUCUGAUGAGCCAAAGCCUCAGAGUGAAAUAACCCUGCUGAUAGAAGCUUCUCUCUCUGUCAAGACAGUGCCAUGUGUGAUUGGCCAGCGUACCCCGUGGCAGUGGCAUCGCCCUGGAUUUGGCGAGAAGCUCUCCCCCCUGCUUGUUCUCUGGGGCUCCUCUGGGAAGCUUUCAUAGGAUUUAUCUCGUCCUGCUGGAUGGCACAGAGCCCUCUGCCUCUCUGAAAAGAGUCCACAGAGAAAACAUACACUACACGGAUAAGAAGUAAAAUAAUUAUCCAAUCACAGCACAAGGAGGCAGACCAGGGUUCCCUUAGCAACAACUGAAGGAGAGAAGAGAAUCCUUUUCUCUUUCUGCUCCCUUGGUUUUUGGGCACACCCCUGUGGACUGCUGUGGGUCAGUGUUUUCUGAGAGGACUUGGAUAGCGCCGUUGCAUAAGACAAGCUGCCACCCAAAUUCCAGGGGAAGGUGCUCGCUCGCCCUCCAGCCCCCCUCGUAACUGUGUCUAAUCAACACCACGAUUUUUUUGUUAUCCCUCCACAAAUUCUCAUCACAAGUCACGUUCCGCUGCCUUGGAAAUCAAUUCAUUCUGAUCCCACGCCACCUGGAAUAAGCCCUGCUUUGGGGGGAGAUUGGACGCUCUGUGAAAAGACCCACACCUACCUUCCUCCCUUUCAUGGACGAGAAAUGAAGGACAACACGAGCAAGUCGUCAUCUGCAAAAAAGAAAUGGAUGUGAAGCAGUUUCAAGCAAGUUUAUUUUGAUGAGAGUUUCUACUGACAAUCUUUUUAUUUUUCCUGGAAGAGAAAACGCCACACUGCACAGAGGAAUAUCCCAUUUUUUUCCAAACAGGAUCUGUCCUUUCUCUCUUAAAAGACAGUAGACCUCUCUGAGGGACUAUAUUUAGAAGGCAAAUCUUGUCCCUGCUGGCCAAUAAUGUAGAACACGAUUUUGAAAAUUGAGCCACUGCUGGGAGUUCUAUUUUUCUAUCUAUGUUGGAUAGCUUUCUCUAUAAAAAGGGUUAAUACAAACCCCUUGUCUGCUUUCACUUUUGUAUGUUAGCCUGCCAUUAUGUCACUGUGUUUCAGAAGUAAAAAAGAUUGUACAGGACAAGUGGAAGAGGGAAAAAGUCUCUUCCCUGUAUAGUGUUUUAAAUAGCAUCUCCUCGGUAACAAUUUCAAACGUACACACUGACACAUGAGAUGAGUUGGCUCUACACGAUUAUGUAAGAGUUUCAUACCAGCUUUAGCCCAUGUAUUUUGCCUCUUCCUUUUCCAUGGAUUUACAGCAUUUGACUUUUCCCAUGCUCAUUUUCUCCUCGUUUUUGGAAGCAUCUACCAGAGGGCAUGGAUGUCAAAGUGUGACCCUGUGCCGAGUGUGCGGGAGAGGCAAGGUGUUUUGGCUGCCCAGGUGCUUUUAAGAUGUUGAGGUCUCCCUGCGUGGCCGGGGCCCCUGUUCGGAUCAGUAGCACUGAGGCUCCUUGUAGCCAAAGACAUGGACCCCGACUCGGCUCCCCCACGCCCUCAGCCUGUUGGCCACUGGCCCCACGUCGCCCUGUAAAGGAUGUCCCUCAGCAGAGCUCCGGCCCGGGACACCUCUGAGACCCCCAGCCCGAGAGAACGCAUCCGCAGCCACAUGAAGAUGGUGAUCAACCAGCUGGAAGGUAUCCUCAUAGAGCUCAAGGAUGUGGCCAAGGAACUCCGGGAGGUGGUGGGUCAGAUCGAUAAACUAACAUCCGACUUUGACUUUGACCUGGAGCCAGAUGACUGGACGGUGGCCACAGCCAGCAGCACGUCCAGCAGUGAGCGGGGUCUGGGAGAGGCCUUCAGGCUGGACUUCCUCAAUGCAGAUGUGCUUUCUGAUAGCUGGGAGUUCUGCAGCUAUCUGGAGGCGGCUGGCGCUGCUGCCGCCCGCAGACCUGGUGAGCAACCAGGAGAUCCACGACAGGAUCUGGGCCGCGGGACCAUCCCCACCCAGACACAGACCCCCACCACUGCCUCGGUCUACUCCCAGAUGAACGGUGGGCUGCCUAUCCCUAAUGGGCCCCGCAUUAUUACUCCAGAUUCAUCCAGCGAGGAGGCCAGCAGCUCCACGCACAGCCACAAGACUUCCCGUACCUCUGGCACAAGAGAAAGAGUCCGCUUCAGUGACAAAAUUCUGUACCACGCGUUAUGCUGUGACGAUGACGAGGAGGAGGAGGAGCAAGAGGAAUUACAGGAGGACAAGAGUGGCUGUGCUACACCGGAUAGCGAUAGUGAACCCAGUCUCCUGACAAGCUCAGUCACCCCCAAACGUUCUUCCUCUGAGCACUCACUCCUCCAUAACUGUCUGGACCCUUCGUAUGUCUCCUCGCCAAUGAAGGGGACGACGGGAGCUCACACACUACCCAGGAAAGGUCUCUUAAAUCCUGGCUGCCGCAAAAAACUGUUACGAAAUAGCAGCACACAAACUGUCUCUGACAAGAGCACCCAAACUGUACUGCCCUAUAUUCCAACCAAACAGAAAACAAAGGACCACUGAGAAAGCCCUAAGUUUAUCAUAAAUUUCAUGAAGAGGACUGUGCAUUAUUUAAUAUUAAAUACAUAGCUCAUAGAUUAAUACACAAAUAAAUUAAUUACUAAAUAAAUAAAUGAUAUAUGGGAAAUCACUCGACUACCUAAAGUUAUUCUGAGGCUCAGGGAAAACAAGAUGAAAUGAAGCAAAGGAGAUCAUUAAGAUGAAAGAUACUGGUGGACCAAAAGGUUAGUGCCUGUUCUACUGUUAAAAGAAACACUGAAUGGAUUCCGUAUGUGUAGUCAUUUCAAACAAUGACAGAGAUUAUAAAAGCAAUCAUUUUUACUCGAACAUUUGAAGUGUUCAAAAUUGGAAGUAUGAAGAGGCCCUUUCCCCUCAUGUCAUACAAUAGUUUAAGUCACAAAAAAAGAGAAAAGAAAAUGCUUGUUCCUAUAAUGUGGAUACAAAACGCUGCACAUUCUGUACUCUGAAUCUGUAUAAACAUUGUCUUUUUUAUGUUCCAGUUAUUUCAAAUGUCAAGGGGAUUGUUGCUUUCAGCAGGGUAAUGUAUCUAGAUGCACAUGUCAAGCCUCUUCCUCUCUUUGAUGUCAACAAACAACUUUGAGCGUGGAGCCAGAAAACAACACUAUUUACCUGCCCUUGAUUUUCUAAAUCAUGUCAGUGUGAUUCCUUCUUGGUCUGCUGCAAAAGCUGAACGAGUGGCAGGCAGGGAAAAAAAAUAUAUAAAAUAAUUUGAGAAUGUGCGGUCCACUAAAGUGACAUUUCCAAUUUUUUUUCUCUUCGUUCAUGCCUGACUGUGACGUCAUUAAACCUAGGAUCCCAGCUAAAAAGCAGUCUAUAAAAAAGUGCUAAAGGUUUUGUCUCUCCAUUCAGUCGCCCAGUGGGGAAUUGAACUCGGUAGAGCAGCAUUUUAUUCACAGGGCUAACGCCAAUAGCCAUUCCUGAUCAAUAUGUUAGAGGGAGGUUGCAGCGAGAGGUCUCUCUGCUGAGCCUGCAUGGCACUCUCCUGGGAUCUGUGAACAAAAACUCACAGUCAGACCUAUUUACUUACACUGAGUGGAACAAAAAUUAGAACUGCGGCCCUAAAGAACUGACAUUUCAAAAAAUGUGCGUCCAGGAGUGAGAGCUGGUGGUGGAAAGAGAGAGUGUUCCUGUUCAAAGAUUUUUUUUACAGAGCAAUAAUCUACCCCGGGGAACGGCUUUGUGAGCCUGCUCCCCUGGUCCUCUCACCCGUACUUUCCUAAUGUUGUGUUUUCCAGUUCAAAAAAAAAAAAAGAGAAAAAAAAGUAAAGUAAAAUGUCAUAGUCUUAAAGAGGAAAAUCCUUGCUGACUCCUGUGAAGCUAACCUUUGUGCCUCUGAUCACCUAAUGUGGACUACCUUCCGCAGUAGGCAGAGAUGGUCAUAGAAUCUUAUUUAUUCACAUACUGUAGAAAGAAACUUUACUUACUCUAUUACUUCAUAUAUUUAAUGCUUCCAUGUAAAAUAUAUAUAUACAGUACAUGCGAGCAUGCUAUCUUGUUUUUACCUCAAAAUCACAGGCUUUUUGUGGUUGAAACUACUUCUUAUGUGAUUGUUUUUCCAUCAACAAGUCAAUUUAUCAUUAGCAUAUUUUACUAAAUUCAUGUAAAUUAAGACAGUUUUAGUCUGCAGGAAUGUUCUCCAUCUACAACUGGUCAAAGCAAUAUAUUGGAAUCAACAAACAAACUAGACUAAUAAAGUCAAAAUGAAAAUCUCAUUCUACUGUAAGCCAGAUAAAUCUCCUUGCGAUGCACAUAGUGGUGAAGAUUUUACAAUUUUGGCAAAUUCUCAAAAGCAAUAAUUGUAAAUGUGGCUCAAAAUAACCAUGGACCCUAUUCAACAAAUUUCAUACUAAUUCUGUUGACAAUUACCUAAGUCAUUUUCCAGUGCCUGGUAGUGAUUUUCUGCUUUGAUGAUGGCUUGGGAUGCGUCCAGUCUUCUACAACUGGUCACUGCAACACUGUUGAUCAUUAGGUGCUCUGGAGAAACACAUCCAUAACAGCCCACCUCUUUGUUUUUGCUUGUGUGUUCAUGUAUAACAGUUAUUGCAUAGUCCGCUGCUUAAGGGAAUUACAGCUGUGCUGUUUAGGCAGCAUCAAGCCUCAAGAGCCCAAUAUAAGGAAGGCAGAGUGAGCACUUUAACACUAGGCAGCUUGGUGGAAGACGCACAAGCAUCAAUUAGCCAGAAGCUGAUGUGCUAUACAUGCAUAUAUCAGAAGUAAUUUGGUGAUUUUUUUCCUCCAGUUUUGUAACGUUUUCAUUUCGUCUUGCUCUGGCUCAGUUAAUCCCAAGUACCUGUGAAGAAAGAGCCACUGAAAAGAGAUCAAUGGCUCACUCCCCAAAGCAUUGGCUGCCAUUUCCCUGCUAGAUUGGGGACCAACAGGUCAUCACAGCCAUUAGCAUAAACAAACAAAGCUAUGCCGCCACACAGGCAAAGCAUCAAUUACAGGAAAACAAACUAAGCCCUUAUUGUGAUGCCUAUACACCCGCCAGACAUUAUAAUGCGAGGGGGAUUUUUUUCCCCCUCUCCUUUCCAGUCUAAAGAUUUUAUAAGUCAUAUCUGCGAUGAAAUCACCUCUUCAAAUAUAGAGCGGUUUGGCACUGGCGCAGAAUACAUUAUCAUUGGGGACAGAUUUGAGAUAUUUGGACAAAACAUUAGCAACGUCUCUUUUGCCAACAGGCUCAUUAUUCAUCUCUAAUAGGGCAGAGCUUUGUCCUCAGUUCUCUGUAGGACAAGGAUGGGAGGCAUCCAAAGGUUAUGAAAACCUGAGCACACCGAUGCCAAAUCAUCUGCCCACCAGGAAGAUCAUUUUGUGAUGUCACUGAAUACAAAACAGAUGUGUGUUUGUGUACGUGUGCAUAUGUGAGUGUCUCUUGUCUGUAUGUUCACUGCCUUUGUGCCUGCACACUGUGUCAGGAGAUAAGUGAUAUUUUCUGAAUUAUAU